CCUAUCUAUUCCCUGUCAAUUGUGACCAAUCGUGACUUCUCCUUAGAUUGAUUCUCUUUGGAUUCUCUGAUCUCGAGUACUCAAAAUCUUUUUUGAGAUAUUUCGUAUUACCCUUGUACACCUGAAAAGGGUAGUUCUACAGUUCUACGUGCAUUUAUAAGGGUAUUGUAUGAGUCAAAAAAUAGAAAAACCAAUAUUAUCGGGUCAACGCAUAAAGACCAGAAAAAGAGAUGAAAGAGAAAAGUAUGAUCCAACGGGAUUUCGAGAUGCAAUCAUACAUGGUUUGGAAAAGGCUGAUAACGACCUAGAUGCAAUUUCAAAAUACUUAGAUGCAGCUGGUUCUAAAUUAGAUUACCGCCGAUAUGGAGAAGACCUAUUUGACAUCUUAAUAGCUGGGGGUCUUUUAGUCCCAGGUGGUUCUAUUGCUCAAGAUGGUGAUAAACCAGUUAAAACUACCGCUUGUGUCUUUGAACAACCAGAGGAUAUGGAAUCAAUGCGCAACUUUGAACAAGUUUUCAUCAAACUUAUGCGACGUUAUAAAUAUUUGGAAAAAAUGUUUGAGGAUGAAAUGAAAAAAGUACUGGUUUUUAUGAAGGGGUUUACUCCUAAAGAAAGAAUAAAAUUGGCUAGAAUGACAGCUCUAUGGAUUUCAAAUGGUUCUGUACCACCCUCUGUCCUUUCAGUUUUAUUUAAUGAACAUCUUGUCAAGGAUAACUUAGCACUAGACUUUUUACUAGAGGUUUUUGUUACCUGGAGAGAGGAAAAAGGUUUAUCUAGUUUAAUGACUGCAUUGAAAAAAGGCAAUAUUGAAAGAAGGUUGAUGGAAUUUGUUCCACCUAAUAGACGAACAGAGGAGUAUUUUCAAUCUGUAUUUGAAGCUGUCGGUCUUGCGGAUAUUGUGAAGUUGCACAAAGCUCAAGCAAGCCAAGAAGCAAAGCGAGACUUACAGCAAUUGCUCUUGGAUGAUUUAGCUGAAAAUCGCCCUAUGAAAGAUAUUAUAUUUGAUCUCAAAGAAAUGGCACAGAGAUGUGGCAUUCCAGAACAUGAAGUUAUUGGCCUGAUUUGGGGAGUCGUAAUGGGUCAAGCUGAAUGGAAUAAAAAGGAAGAAUUGGUAGCUGAUCAAGCACUGAAACAUUUAAAAGUGUAUACUCCACUAUUUGAUGCUUUUACAGUCACUGCCAGAUCUGAGCUUGCACUAAUUCUCAAGGUCCAGGAAUUCUGUUAUGAAAAUAUGAACUUUAUGAAAGUCUUCCAAAAAAUUGUUUUACUAUUUUAUAAAACCGAUGUAAUAUCAGAAGAAGUGAUUUUAAAGUGGUAUAAGGAGGGCCAUUCGGUUAAAGGAAAACUGCUUUUUUUGCAUCAAAUGAAAAAGUUCGUAGAAUGGUUGCAAAUAGCCGAAGAAGAAUCUGAAUCUGGAGAAGAGGAAGAUGGAGAAGAUGAAGAGGAGAAACAACAAAAAAUAAUAUAACCAUCAUCAGAAAGUAACCUAUUUGAACUUUAUUCGAAAUUUCGAAAAUGAAUCUGACGUAAAUUGCAAUUGGAUUAUACUGACAAAUAGGAAUUUUGAAAACUAAAAUUUGUAUUAUUGCGAGGCAUAGUAUAACGAAACAAGUACAUAAAACUUUUUAAUUGUUCAUAGACAGGAAACGACAUUAUACUAACAUCUGAUUAGUGUGGGAGAUAAAUUGUAAAUUUGCAAUGUCUUUAAAUUGUAUUACUUUAAGAAGAAAUAUUUUGUGUUACAUUUUUAUAACACCGCUACAAAAUAUAUACAGAAUAACAAAAAAAAGUUAUCGAAGAAUAGAUUUUUAUCCCUGUGUAUGUAUAAUUUUCAGACCCUCUUUCUUUGUAUAACAAUAUUGUACUAGUUUAUAGAAAAUAUAUUGUCAGGUGGUGUUUUAUA